CGAGGGACAAUGGCGCAGCAAGUCCUGCUGAUAAUUUGGAUUGUGUCUCUUAGUUCAGUGCACGCACAGAUCAGUUACUCCGUUCAAGAGGAAAUGGCUAAAGGUUCUUUAGUCGGUAACGUGGCACAGGAUUUGGGGUUAGAUUUAAAAAGGCUUAAAACGGGUAAAGCUCGUGUUUAUACCGGGGACAGUGCUCAAUACAUAGAGCUGAAUACAGAAAGGGGAGUCCUUCUUAUCAAAGAGAAAAUAGAUCGAGAGGCUUUAUGCGGACAGACUACGCCCUGCGUUCUUCAUUUUCAGAUUAUUCUGGAAAACCCGAUGGAAUUUUACAGCGUAAGUGUGGAAAUACUGGACAAAAAUGACAAUGCCCCUUUUUUUGAAAAAGGCGAGAUUAAUUUCCGGAUUAGUGAAUCUGCAAUUACGGGAGCUAAAUUUGUCCUAGAACCUGCAAAGGACCCCGAUGUGGGUAUUAAUGGCCUUCAGAGCUACUCCUUGAAUCCAACCGGUAAUUUUGCUCUAAAUUAUAAACAUCAGCAUGGCGAUAGACAAAAUGUUGAAAUGGUUUUACAGCAGCCUCUAGAUCGUGAGAAACAAGAACAGAUUUCUUUGGUAUUAACAGCAAUUGACGGAGGAGAGCCUCAAAUGUCGGGUAAUAUACAAAUUCAUAUUACAGUUUUGGACGCGAAUGACAAUGCUCCUGUUUUCACACAGUCGAGCUAUAAAGCGACUGUAAGCGAGAAUGCACCGAUAGGCACGAUUGUAACGACUGUCCGAGCCACCGAUGCUGAUAUAGAUGUUAAUGGUAAAAUAGUAUAUACCCUCACGAAUACAUUAGAUGGUGUUCGGGAUACGUUUGAAAUAAAUGAGGAUGAUGGAGUGGUAAAAUUGAUUGAUUUUGUCGAUUUUGAAAAAGCUCGCCACUAUGAGAUACGUGUGCAAGCCAGUGAUCACGGUGGUCUCACCGACUCCUGUAAAAUAUUGGUCGAUGUCGUUGAUAUUAAUGAUAAUAAGCCCGUAAUCAAUAUCAUGUCCAAAGCAAAUGUGAUAUCUGAGGAUUCAAAACCUGGAACCGUUGUGACUAUGAUAAAUGUUCAAGACGCAGACUCAGGUGAAAACAGUAAAGUUCAGUGCGGUAUUAGCAACACUGUCCCCUUUACACUGAAAUCAUCAGCGAAUAAUUUUUACAGUUUAAUUACCAACGGUGAUUUAGACCGGGAAAGACAGAGCGAGUAUAACAUCAGUGUUACCUGUGCUGAUGAAGGAAUGCCCUCUCUCUCUAGCAGCGUCACUCUCUCUCUACAGAUAUCUGAUGUAAAUGAUAACGUGCCUGUCUUUGAGAAGAAAUCGUAUGAGACCUACAUCCCAGAAAACAAUGCCCCAGGUCUCUCUAUAUUCACAAUAAAAGCUAGAGACCCAGACUGGAACCAGAACGCCCGUGUUUCCUAUAUACUAGAAGAAUCGUCGGUAAACGGAAUGCCUGUCUCCUCCUACGUGUCCAUCAGUGCAGAUACUGGUGUCAUCCACGCAGUGAGUUCUUUUGACUAUGAGCAGAUCAAAGAUUUCAUGUUUCGGGUCAAAGCGCAAGAUGGAGGAAACCCGCCUCUAAGUAGUAAUGUGAGCGUGAAAAUAAUGAUUCAGGACCAGAACGACAACGCGCCUCAGAUUCUGUACCCAAUACACAUUGGUAGCUCUCUGGUAGCUGAAAUGGUGCCUCGUUCAGCAGAUGUUGGCUAUCUUGUGACUAAAGUGGUGGCUGUUGAUGUGGACUCUGGACAGAAUGCGUGGCUUUCAUAUAAACUUCUCAAAGCUGCAGAGAAGGCGUUGUUUGAAGUUGGCUUACAGAAUGGAGAAAUAAGAACUAUUCGCCAAGUCACUGAUAAAGAUGCUGUGAAACAAAGACUCACUGUUAUAGUGGAGGACAAUGGCCAGCCCUCUCGUUCAGCCACCGUCAAUGUUAAUGUGGUGGUGGCAGACAACUUCCCUGAAGCACUCUCGGAGCUUACCGACUUCACCCACGACAAAGAUUACAACGACAAACUGACUUUCUAUUUAAUCUUGGCCUUGGCUUUGGUUUCAUUUCUUUUUAUUGUAUCCAUCAUAGCCAUACUGUCAGUCAAGUUCUACCGUUGGAGACAAGAGCGGAUAUUUUAUAAGUCCAACACCAAUCUCCCAGUUAUUCCGUAUUACCCACCCCUUUAUACAGAUAUAGGAGGCACUGGGACUUUGCAGCACGUAUACAAUCACGAGGUUUACAGAACGAUUGACUCGGGAAAGAGUGACCUAAAAUACAUGAGACCUAACAAUCAGAGCAUCAUUAGUCUGGACAUCAGUGAGCAAGGGACACUUCAACAUGUGAGGAGGGAGAAACUGGCCAAUGAUGAAUCCGUUGAUCAGGUGAGCUUCGGCUUUUUUUAUCGCUUUGAUUUAAUUUGCGCGUAA